UGCUGCUUGUACAACUGCAAGAUUGAACAACCCCAAUCUUUCCGCACCUUGAAUUGAAGUUCCUACUCCUCAAUGGUCUUAUCAAGGUGACCACAAUUACUAAGCAUGCUGUACAACUCCAGGUAACCAAGUGAAGAAAAGAAUCUGCUCUGGAAGCCUCGAACAACCCAUUGGCGAGGAUAGGGCAUGCUGGAGCGUACGGCGGGAUGUCUAGAAUCAGGCAGUCUGCGGAGACUGCUGCCAGGGCCCCGAAAGCCGCUGAAGAGCCGCCGCAUGCUCCAUUCCGGCUUCUGGAAUCACAAUUCAGUCGAGCCUGAACUUUCGCCGCUGUAUUCUGCCUUGCUUCGAGGUCCAGAGUCCGCGGAUCAAGAUGGCGAGAUCCAGAACCAAACGCCCUCUACCCUCCAAGCCGGCUUUCUCUUGGAUUUUCUUUACCCUGCCGGCACGUUAAACUUUCUUCGACAGUAUUCGGGCUGGGGCAUUGAUAGACAAGAUGGCCGACAGACAAGAUUUGGGAUCAGAAGACUUGGACAACGGCUAUACACAUCCUCUGCCACCGACAGCUCUGGGGCAGAGAACGCUGCCAUCGCACCAGAAGCCCCUGUUAGAACCCAAGAUUCCUUAUCAGGCAAGAGGGCAGAAACAGAUGAACCUGAUCAGGAUGUUAUAAUGGGGGGGCAAGCAGCACAGUCUUUGCGAAAGAUCAUGGUGCUCACAAGAAGCCAGGAUUACGAGGAAGCUUGGCGGCAGUACCUUCUAUUGGGUGAUUCGGAAAAGAACGAACUACAGCGGGAGCUGAUGCAAUAUAUGUCAACGUCAGGACGAGUGCUCGAAGCAGAACGGGCAAUUGAGAUAUUUGAGCAGCUGGACGAAGCUAACAGAGAUGCGGACGCCUACUCUAUUGUCGUUCGUUCGUAUCUAAGGUUGCGAAAUCUUCCGGACGCGGUCAAACUUUACAAUGAGGCACUGCGCAACCUGCAAUUUCCGGCCGGUGCCUCUGAGCUUCUGUCAUACAUGAUAGAGAACUCUUUGUGGUCACAGGCUAUCGGGUUUUGGAAAGAUUUCCAGAGUUUCCGGGACCAUUCUCCGGGGCUUUCGUACAAUAUCUUUUCAACGUCUCAGAAUCUUUCUAAUCUUAUUGGGCAAGCCAUUGGCCUUGCGGAAUACGUCAAUGAGAGAAUGAAAACUGCCCCGGAAUCCACGGAAUUGAUUACUUUCACGUCCAAAAUCGUCCGAAGAGCCUUGCUGAAUCCAGAAGUGGAUGAAAGGCGAUUUGAGAAACUACUAUCAUUUCUUCAGGAAUGGAAUCUCGACACAGCCGAAAUAUACGAAAGAGCCUUCGAAAUGCUUGUGGAGACAAAGCAGACACGAUUUGCCGUCAAUUGUUAUCGAAAAGUUCGCCGAGAACGGGAGGUCAAGUUUUCCCGUCCAACGCUGCAUUCCCUGUUGACAGUAUUCUGCAAUAAUCAUAGCGUCCUCGGCAUGCAACAGAUCCUUGAUGACUUCUUUCGCUUCUAUUCGAAACCUACUCGCUUUGCCUACCGGAAGUGCAUGACCGAGUUCGCUGCUCAAGGCGACGCUAAGACAGUCCAUGCUCUCUUCGAGCAGUAUGUUGCACGAUUUGAAUCGAAAAACAGGUUAUUAGAUGCUGGUGAUAUUGCACCUAUUCUUCAUGUUCAUGCAAAACGAGGGGAGCUAGCAGAAGUGAUUAAAUACUUCAACCAACUUCAGGACGUGUACAAAUUACAACCCAACCUUCUCUGCUGGAAUAUCCUCAUUGAUGCCUAUGCCAAAGUUCAUGAUACAGAAGGCGCCUUUGAAUCCUUUGAGAAGCUGCUCGAUUCAGACUAUCUCCAGCCCGAUCACUAUACUUUUGGUACCGUCAUGGGAAUUUAUGCUACCCAUGGUGAUCUUGACCGUGUUGUUGAGAUAUACCGGCUUGCUUCAAGCAUGAAGAUCGAGAAGAGUGCCGCGAUGGUCGAUUGCGUCGUUCUCGCACAUAUUCAAGAUGAGCGGCUUCAGCAGGCGGAGAAAAUAUGUGAAGAUGCUCUUGGCAUGAAUCUCAAAGGUUCGAAAAUCCGAAUGUGGAAUUACCUCCUUCAUGCAUAUGCAAUGCGCCGCGACCUUGUCAACGUCAAUCGACUACUUCGACGCAUGUCAGAAGCUGGUUUGGAUUAUGACCAGCACACUUACUCGGCACUAAUGCAAGCUUUAGCAAUGGUCAAACAGCCUGAUCGUGCUUACGCCAUUUUGCAGGAUGUGAUGAGAGAUGCCGGGGUUAGAGUUACCAGCUUGCACUACGCAGUUGUAAUGGGAGGCUACAUCGCAAAUGGAGAGUACCGCAAAGUAUUUCACUUGCAGAAUCGUAUGAAGCGGCGAGGCAUACGCAAUUCAGCGAGCACAAAAUUUAUUGCCAUGAAGGCAGCAGACGCUGAAGAUCAGAAACUGCUCGAAAGCGGCACGGAGAAGGAGCAGGGCCAACGGGCACUUCAGAUGUUCCAAGAAGUCCUCAACUCGAUGGAUCAGCAGGAUAUAUCUGCUUCACCACAAAAAGGCACUCAUCGUAUGCCUCGCCAUAUCGCCUACACUUCAAUGUUUUACAGUUAUGUGAUGUUUGUUCUUGGCCAAAGCAACGAAACCGAAACGGUCGAAGAACUCUACAACCAGUUUAUCAGGACAUUACCGGAAGAUGCCCGUGAUUCGCCUCCAAUUGCGGUAUUGUCGGCGAUGAUGUUGACAAAAUUGCGGAACCGUGAUUCAAAGGGGGUCCAAGAAUGCUGGGAUCUUGCCGUGGCUAAGGCCAAGGCCCAAGGAGUGCCUCUCCGACCCUUGGGCCGCGCUGCGCAAUCCGAAAGUGCGCAAUUGGACAGUUUUGAUACCAGUUCUACCUACGAAAGCCCGAAGAUCGUUCCACUUCAUCAGUUAGACUUGUCAAGAAGCCUGAGUACAUACAUGAUUUCUCUAGCCAGACAAGGGAGGAGCGACGAUAUUCCCAGUGUCGUCAAUGGAUUGCUAGAGGAAGGUUUCCUCCUGGAUAAUAAGAACUGGAACCUGUAUAUCCAGCUCCUAGCUCAACGAUACCGCUACAAGCUCGCUUUUGAACUUUGCGAGGAGAAGCUCAUGGAUGGCUGGACAGGUUGGGCACGUCUUCGAUGGCAGGAACCGGUGAGAAAUCGCCUACCGAUCGAAGUGCGCAACAAGAAAAAAGAACCAAAGCAUUUGAGGCCGAAUUCGUCCACGUUACUCUUCUUGGCUCGAGGAUUCCUCGAGCUUCAAGCUAUGUCGGCAGAAUCGAGGGCCAGUCAGACGCUGCUUGAGGAUUUGCAGCGUACCUGUCCACGGACAUUACUGGCGAUAAGAACGAUGCAACGGACGGAUAAUGCGCUAGAACGUGAAAUACUAAGGGGAUAUUAAGUUGUAUAUUAUAUAGAGAGAAAGUUUAUUUAUCAAUCCAGAUCUCCUAAUACUCUU